CACGAUUACAGCACAUCAUACCAGAUUUUUGGUUUUAAAAUAGUUGCAAGAGGUCAAUUGUGUUGAUAUAUUGAACGAAGGUUUUGGGGUUCUUGCCUUGGUCCUCGUUGUGUGACUUGCCUUCCCAAAGUUGAUUGGAUGUGAACAAAAUUCACGUUCAAUACAUCGUUUUGGGAUUCUGUGUAAUUUCAUCUUAUUAUUAUUGGUCAAUAAUUAGCUUUCACCAUGGGUAUAUCUCGUGACAGUAGGCACAAACGCCGUUUGACCGGUGGUCGCUUCCCCGUCCACAAGCACAAGAGGAAGUAUGAGAUGGCUCGUCCCGCUUCCAACACCAAGCUUGGUACUAAGUUGGUGCGCAAGGUCCGUUGCCGUGGUGGUAAUUUGAAAUUCAGGGCCCUUCGUUUGGAUUCUGGCAACUUUUCUUGGGCCUCCAAGAACAUUUGCCGUAAAACCAGGAUCAUGGAUGUUGUCUACAAUGCCAGUAGCAAUGAGCUUGUACGUACCAAGACUCUGGUUAAGAACUGUAUCGUAACCAUUGAUGCCACUCCAUUUAAGAUCUGGUUCAAGAACACUUAUGGACUGGAUAUAGUAAAGCCUAAGGCUGAAUCGUCUGAGGAUGCUGCUGCUGUUUCUGAAUGCGAGAAGCACAUCCCCAAAUCACUUUUGGAACAGUUUGCUUCUGGUCGUUUGUACGCUUGCAUUAGCUCCCGUCCUGGUCAAACUGGUCGCUGUGAUGGAUACAUCCUUGAAGGCGACGAGCUCACCUUCUACCGCAGGCGUAUGGACAAGAAGAAGCGCACGUAACAUUGCUAAUGUUGAUGUGAAUAUUAUGUGGUUCAUUCU